UAUAGAAAAUUUAAUUUUUAUUAUGAAUCAAAUAAUGAAAUUUGUAAGUUUUUCAACGCCAAAUAAACUCUUAGCAAAACAUGACACAACAAAAAGAAAACAUACUCGUAAAAGUAACAAGAGGGUAACAAGUGACACUUCCUUUGGACUCAGAAACACCAACCACAAGAACACCAACAAUUUAAAUCAUUCGAAUAUACGCUAUAGAAAAAUUUCAGAUGACGACUGUAAUGGUAAUGAUGGCUGUGUACAAUGUUGCUGCUGUUCCUGUACCAGGCGAUAUAACCGAUGCUGCGGAAACAGUCGAUGUUCCGCCGGCACAUCGAGCAGUCGCACCACAACCUCAACCUCAAACGCCUCAACAGCCUGUACCGGCAGCUCCUGCAUAUCCUGUUAUUUACCAAACUGCAUUUACCCAGCCUUUCACCGGAAAUUUUAUUGGCCAUACAGUACAGCAUCGAGUUCUUCCGACAAAUGUUGCAGCACCAAUUCGUGUUGCAGCACCAGUUCCUCUUGCAGCACCGAUAAUUCCUGCUGCUCCAUUGACACAUCCAUUUCUAAAAUGAAAUUACAAAACAUUGCUGAUUUAACCAA